CCGUGACUAUGCGCCCGACACAGGCUCCGAUAAAAAAAUUUAUACACCAUUAUUAUUAAUUAAUUGCAGUCAACGGGCAUUCGUCAGCCUCACCCAAUUGCUGCUACACCAGUACAAUCCAACGGACAAAUAUUUUCUAAACAAGCGCACAAUAGGUGUGAGAUUUUUUGAGUGAUUUUUAGUGAAAUUCUUUGAAUCGAGAAGAAAAUAAUUUUUUAAUCGUUAAAAAUAAUUACAAUAAAACGCGACAAUUUUUUUUUUCGAUCGAUUUGAACUUUAUUUGCCAAACGUUUCUUUCCUUUUCUCGAGACCGACGGUGAGAAUCAAUCGAACAGACACCCCGGGCGACGAGAAAAUGUUCCAAGUGAUGAUGCGCUAGUGACGUAAAUAUUUUUUUUUCCACGAUUUAAUCAAAGUAAUUUUCAUUUCGAUGAUGAGAUUUUUUGUUAUCACAAACUAUUGAUUAGUGUCAGUCGUUUAAUUUGUUUGUAUCGCGAAUCCACUUGUAAAAUUCACUGCUCGCCUUAUAAACAAUAAUAAUAAAUAAUAAUAAUAAUAAUAAUAACAAUAAUAAUAAUAAUACCGGAGUAAAUCGUUAAAAAAGUGAGACAAUCGUUGAAGAAUUUAGCGAGACAAUCAAUAGGUAUAAAAAUACUUGAAGAGAAAUAAAAAUUGUAAUAAAAUAAUUUUUUAAAAAUACUUAUAAAUUUAAUAAAUAAAAAUUGAAGAUAUAAUAAAAAAUUGAGGUGUGCAACAUCGAAUUUUGGCUCGUUGCCGUGUUAGAUUGAUUGAUAAUUUUCAAGUAAAAAAAAAAAAUACGAGGAUUGAGGGGUGAGAGACAGUUGGAGGUAAUUAGUGGUAUUGGACGCACUCGUCAAAGUGCCGGACAAGUUGUCAGAAGUUUUGGGGGAUGUUUUGGAGCUAGCAUGUGGUGGAGGUACCGGUGGCGGAGGGGAUAAGGCCACCGGUACAUCGAGUAGAAUAGGAAUGGUCACCGGGGUGGCGAUCAUAAGGGAUCGCUGGGUCCAGCGUGGCUCCAGGUCACCCUUGUUAUCGGCGACAACGGAUAGUGCCGACAGUACGACAUCAACCACUAGUUCAGAGGAGUUCAAUGUUGCCAAGGAGCACCACGCCAUCCAGCCGUCAUCAACAUCUUCAGGCUCUGAAGGAGGACUGCCUCACCAGAGCAGGAGCUACCCCUGCACGAUAGGGCCACCAGGGCAGGGGCCUGGAAGUAAAGUCCUGGCUCGAAACCCAUCAAUAAGUUCUCAGGGUUCCCUGGAAGGUGCAUCAGUCUCGUCAAGCCAACGUGGCUCCUCCCCGCAAAUUCGAGCAUUCGGUCCGGAUGGCCGACACCACCAUCACGAUCCUCUGCACACAGCCUCUUCCUACCCACCCAACCGGAGUUCAAGGUCACCGUCGCCAGCACGAGCUGCCUCACUAGACGCUAGAUGCAGUAGUCCAGCUACCUCCACUGGUAGUGUACAGAGUGCUACACCAUCCCCAUCGCAAAGUUCAUUAUCGUCUGUGGUAACAGUUGGCAAUUUCUCCUGUGUAACGUCUACCAUUGGGGCUGCCAAGUCGGGUAACCGGUGUCUCUCACCACUUCUCAUUCCACCACCUAGAGCAUGUCUCAGUGAUGGAGGACCAGCACCUCCAGCGUCGCCCCUGGGAUCACUGCAGCCGGAUCUUUAUCAGCGUCGGGAUGGGCCAUUAUUCCUCAGUGCACAGAGAACUGAUCAAACAACUGGAAAGAGCCUCGGACGACUCCAUUUGCGUCUGAAGUACGACUUCGACAGGUCAGAUCUUCACGUACAUCUGAUUGAGGCACACGACCUCGCGGGCACUGAUCAGGGUGGCUUCAAUGAUCCCUUUGUCAAGCUGACACUCAGUCCCGAAGUCGACAACAAGAAACGACAGACACCUAUUCAUAGGAACGAACCCAAUCCAUUGUUCGAUCAGCACUUCAAGUUUCCUGUCAGCCAUGACGAUCUUCAGGAUAAGAAGCUGGUGCUCCAGGUAUUCGAUUACGAUCGGUACUCGAGAAAUGAUGUAGUGGGGUCGGUGAGGAUAGCUAUGGAGGAGCUCGAGCUUGAUUCGUCGAGCUCGUCGAUAGAAAUUUGGGGGGAGAUUGCUGGUGAGAAGAAACCACCUGAGGAGAUCCAGGAAGUCUUGCUCUCCCUUUCGUAUUUACCCAGCGCUGAAAGGCUGACGGUGUUGAUUCUCAAGGCGAGAAAUCUGUUCUCACCUCAGAACAAAGACACUCUGGACCCAUUCGUAAAAAUCAGCCUCCUCUCCGGCGACAGACGAGUGAAGAAAAAAAAGACUGAGGUGAAGAAAGCUACGAAAUUUCCAGUCUGGAAUGAAGCCAUGGCUUUCAAUAUUCCUGCGAGUGCAUUAACUUCUUCGGCUAUUGAGGUGUGCGUGCUGGACGCGAACAGUGAGCUGAUCGGUGGCAAUGCAAUCGUGGGAUCCUGCAUCAUUGGCCCAUCGAUAGAGGGAAAUUCCUCCGGUGGAAAUGCCGAGAUGAAUCCGAGUCGCGAACACUGGACUAAAAUCACACAAUCUCCACGUAAAGGUAUCGCCAUGUGGCACACACUGCACUGAAUAAAUAUUCCAGGUGCAGGUGAACCGAACAACAAUUAAAUUUUUCAACUGUCAAUAUUUCACAGAAAAAAAAAAAUGUCUGGGUUUCAUCGAUUUUUUGUGGACAUUACAAAUUUUUUUUUAUUGUUUUGUGUCCAUUUUAUCUCUGAUUAUGUCCCAUCGUUCCCAACCCAAUACCUGUUGGUCUGAUAUCCAGAUAAUUUUUUUUGGUCAAACGUUUUUUAGAUGUAGGGGAAUGGCGGUAAGACAAAAAAAUUCAGACAUUAAUUUUUUCUGUGCAACAACAGAUGAAAUAAUCCGCAUAAUUGAAAAUAGCUCAUAAAAACAUGAGCCAGUACAAUAUGCCAUGAAUGAGGCGCCGAGGAACCGCUCAAACGUGGCACCACAAAUGAUAAAAAAUAUUGAAAAAAAGAGUAACAAAAAAUUUAUUUAUCCACUAAAUAAUGAUCUAAUGGCCUAACUGGUCGCGCUUAUUCGUAACGAUAAUAAAUACAUUUUCACCAUCGAUCGAGCCAAGCAACGCAAAAAAUGCACAAAUAUAUUUUACUCUGAUGGAAUUAUGACACUGUUAUUAUCACUCGUUAAUAACAAUGAAUUAUUUACAAGUUAAUAAAGUAUUAAAUGGUAAUGAAAGUGAAGUACUAGGAUUUUACAAAAGAUGUUUAACAUUGUUUUUCAUUCAGGGAAUUGCAUACUCAGCUCUGAAAUAUUUUUCUUCGUCAUUAUUUACAUAAUAGUCUGAAUAAUCUCGUAUUUCCGAAUGGAAAAAUUAAAUAAAAUGGAGGAUAAAAUAAGACAGCAUUUAUUAAUGUCGACUUUCAAUCUAAAAUUACUUGGAGAACUAAAAUAUGUCGUUGGCGAACGAGAGGAUUUGCGUCAAUAUAUAUAUAUUUUUCAAUUUUACAGUAACUUUUAAUUUACGUUGAAAUUAAUUUCUCUAGAAAAGUAUUUUUUCUACAUAGUUAUAAUAAAUCAAAUUAUUUGAAAAAAAUAAACCGGCUGCUCUUAAAGUCUGAUUUUUACAAGAAAAAAUCUACGAAAAAAUCACAUUAAAUUAACUGAUUGAAUGUAUACCAUUGCAAAGUACAUUUUCGACCAAUAUUCGACACGACAUAUCAACAAUGACGCUUUUUCAUUGUUUAAAUAGCUCGAUUCUCCCGCACUUUCCCCUUAAUUACCCGUUACUCUGCCUUCGAUAACAGAUAAACAAAGAGUUCGAUGAAUUAAUGCCUCCAGCGUUAUUAUUUCAAAUUCUUUGAUAAUCAUUUAUGAUGAAUAACUAUUGAAAAUUUCACUUGAGCGAUGAUAUUGAAGAAUUAAAAUGUAAACUGAAAAAAUGGAGUUUUUUUUCGAAAUUGUUGUUGAAAGAAAUAUAUAGUUCUAUGGAGAUAAUAUAACUAUUGUUAAUGAACAAGAUAACACGAAUAUAUAUCAGAAAAAAUACUUUUGAGGAGUGAAUAAAUAACGCUCAGCCAUAAGAGCAUGGUCCGAAUCGUACGCUUAUCCUAUUAUACACCUACAGUAUUUCUAUAUAUAGUUCUAUGAAGAAUUAAUAAAUUAAAAAAACAUAUACUUAUUAUAUAAAAAUAUCAAAGUAGACAUUUAUAUUAAAGAGAAAUAAUGGAGUUUAUGGAGCACAGGGGCGACGAGGUUUGAAUAAUGCAGUCCGACAAAAUGUCGACAUAAUCUCACCCUGGACUCGGUCGAUCGUUGAUUAAUUAUUCGAUGGAUGAUUAUUCGACUCCUACAAUUGCACCAGAGGUUUUCAUCGACAUUUUAUCGGACCGUAUCAUGAUUGAUAAAUCUUAAAUAAUUAACAAAUCAUGAAAACAUAUUAAUUAUACUUGUCGUGGGGAAUAAACAAUCAGUGAAAUGCUCUUGACUUGCCAAUUUGCAAUAAUUACAAUAUCGAGAGAUCAAAUAUCAACGGGACACGAGUGAAAAUCAAAUGGUUAAGUAGAUAAAUCAUAUUUUUCAAUUGAUAACAAUCGUGUUUAUCAAACUAACUGAUGUAUCUGUGUUCUAUCCUGUACUGCAUAACGUUUCGUGAUGUUCUAUUCUUGAUACUGUAAUUGUGAAUGAAAAUACCUCAACAACCGAAAAUAUUUCAAUGUAAAAAAUUGAGAUUAGGAAUUUUAAGUUGACAACGUUGACAAUUAAAGUUGAGGAUUGUUCAACAUUCUUCGAUUGACCUGAGAGAACAAGUCCCCGAUGGAAAUUAUUCACAAAAAAAUCAGCCCUGUUGUUUUCCAUUUUUGUCUCACGACUAUUGGGACAUUUUCGUCCAAAAACAUUGCGAUGUACCUAAACAAUUAUCAAAUAAUCCGUGAUUGUUCCAAAUUCGUCUUGAAAAUUAUAUACUGUAUCUUAAAUGUGAUGUGGAACCAAAUAUUUUCAUGUUAUGUAUUCUAUAUUGAUCGAUUUAUUCAAAAUAAAGGAUAAUCAUCAUAUUUACAUCAAA